AUGCGCGUACGUGGCCUUGUUCUUACGGCCUCGGGCACCUGUUUUUUGGGACGCGUCGAGGCGAUCAAUGACAGCGACCCCUUAUAUGCUACACUCAAGCAAAGCGCUUCUUCACUCUAUGACAAGAACCCGCCCAACCUGACACAAGGUAGGGCCCCGGACGUACCUGGUGUGAACAUUUCGGCGGCUGUCGCCCAGAGACCUCCCCAGCCGGCUGCCACGUUGGUGGACGGGGCUGUCCAGGAACAUCGCGCCAAUGGAAAUCAAAAGAAAACAGUUGAAGACAUCGCGCAAACAUUGGCUGCAAAUUUUAAACGCGAGUUUAAGCGAAUGCUUGAACGUCCGGACGCCGAUAGUAAACUGGCAGAAAUGUUCAAAGAGGCAAUUUUGUCACGCCUUCGUACAGCUGGCAACCAUGAACAUCUGAUAGACCCGACCAAUACCGCUUUUAUGUCACGUGUUGCUUCAGGCGACUCCACGGACAGUAUCGGGUCACAUCUCGCAUUAAUACAUCCUGAGAGUACCUUUGGAGCAAUAUUCAGUGAUGGAGAACAUAUCGGACACUUCACGCUCGGAAAGUGGCUGGAUUUGGUUGACUCUUACAGUCGUCUCCAUCCUUCAUGGAAUGAUGAAAAGACAUUGGACUUGUUGAUCGAAAACGAACCACUAAAAAGAGUGGUGAGAACACUUACAGACUUGGCGAGAGUGGAACGCGACGCGCACGUGAGUCACACGGACCAUAGAUUGCUCCGUUUGUUAGUUGAAAGGUAUGCAUCUGACCCGGACGUGAUCCAGAACGUCUGGAUGAAGAACGAUGCGAGCACUUUGCAACAACUCUUUAGAAUUCUCGAUUUAAGUUCUAUCACUGCACUUUCUGAGAGACCAGGAUGUGCAAUUCAGUGGCUAAGGUACGCUGAGCGGUUGCGGACGACUCGAGGUAAAUCUGGGGUUUACAAUGAACUCAAAUUGACUCGCGAGAACGUGGCGAAAAAAUUGUUUGAAGACAAAACUCGUGGUGAAUGUGAGGAGUUCAUCGACCAGGUUGCGAAACAAACGGAUCUAAAGGACCUUGCUGGCUACCUUCGGGCUUAUCUGGGUGCGAGCUCACUUCCAAGCAAACACGAGCUUUCUCUUCGUGUGCGGAACUGA